AUGUACAAAACCUUGCUGAACACCUUGCUUGUUCUUGCUCUCAAGAAGAAUACGAUGCCAAUGCAUAUGCUGAAGGAUUCACAAGCGCAGCAAUCACUUCUCGUGGCAAGGAAUAAAACCGAAAGAAAAGUCACAAUUAUGGUGACAGUGAUUAUAACUAGCUUCAUCAUAUGCAAUGCUCCAGGAGCGAUCCUCUUCAUAACCAGAAAGUUCAACGAGAAUCUCACGAACGCCAUGAUUGCCAGCAUAUCGAAUUCUCUGGUUAUCACUGGAAAGGUAUUGAACUUCGUGCUUUUCUGCAUGUCUUCGGAUCAUUUUCGAGCUCUUCUACGUAUGCAGUUGGAGUCACUUUUUGAGUGCUCCAGCAUUACUCGACGCAGCAGUUGUCGUUCAUCUACGAAAACCUUCAGCAUUCCUCUGCACGAUUUGUGAACGGUUUCAUCCCAAAAACUUGAAAGUCUAUUUGACCUGACUUUGCUUUCUGCUGUACAAAU